CCCAAGUGUCUGUACCAUCGGUUCAAAUACCACCGAACCUGAGCCUCAGCCACCACAGGGCCCUGAGCGUUUUCCAGGCAUCUGAUGAAUCGACCUCCAGAGCUGGAUAUUCUCUGAUGGGUCCUCAGUGAAGACCACUGCCAUGCAAGAGACAGAGACCCAAACGACAUUCUGGACGACCUCACCCACCACAUCCCUGUCCUCAGGCCUGGACUCCCCAAACAUCCUGGUUCUGAUCCAAAUCCUGAGACUCUUCCGCGUGCUGCAGCUGCUCUCCACCUGUGUGGCCUUCUCCAUGGAGGCCAGCACAGGCACUUGGAUAGGUGGCAUAGGUAGCUGGUCCCUGUUCAUCUGGUGCUUCUGCUUUGUCGUGACCCUCAUCAUCCUCAUAGUCGAGUUCUGCGAGCUCCAGUCCCGCAUCCCCUUCUACUGGUACAAUUUUCCCAUCAAUUACGCCUGCCAUGCGGCCCUCUUCUGUCUCUUGGCCUCCAUCAUCUACUCCACCACCUACGUCCACCUCUUGCCUCCUGGCCCCACCCGGGACCAAGCCAUCACUGCCAGUGCGUUCUCCUGCAUCGCUGCCGUGGCUUAUGUCACCGAAGUGGUCUGGAUCUGGGCUUGUUACCUGCCUGGUGAGUUCACUGGCUUUACGACUGUGCCAAUGCUGUUGAAGGGGCUGGAGAACUUAGUGGCCUGUGUCAUCUUCGCCUUCAUCAGCAGUCCCUACCUGUACCAGCACCAGCCGGCCCUGGUGUGGUGUGUGGCCGUGUAUGCCAUCUGCUUCCUUCUGGAUAUUGUGGCCCUCCUUCAGGGCCUGGUGGACUGUGACAAUAGACUGCCCUUCUUCUCCAUUUUGCUGUUGGUAAUGAAUCUGCUCUCCGUCCUCCUCUACGCCAGCGCUCUAGUCCUCUGGCCUCUCUACCAGUUCGAAGAGAAGUUGGGAGGCCAACCCCAGCGGUCCAGUGAUGCCGGCUGCAGAGAUGAGGUCACCUACCUUAUGUGCACUUGGGACCAGCGACUGGCUGUGGCCGUCCUGACAGCCAUCAACCUGCUGAUUUAUGUGGCUGACCUGGUGUACUGGUCCCGCAUGGUUUUUGUCAUCAUUAAGGAUCUGCCCCAGGGCUCCUGAUUCCCUCUUCUCACUAGAGACUUCUUUACCAAGUCUGAUGUCCCCUGAUGUCCUCCUCCUGGACCCCCUCUCUGCCCUCUCACAUCCUUCCUCAUUCAUCUUACUCUCUUGUCUGUUUCCUUCCUUCUUCUCUGUCUUCCUUCCUUUUUUCUCUGGUUUCCCACAUUCUG